CUGUGGGCCCUCGAGCCUAGAGCCUUCCAUGGCCGGAGGACCCCCACCCUGGGGACGGCCCCACCAAGACACAUCGUGGCUACUGUCCACAGUCAAAGAACCUCCACCAUGGAUGCUCUUACUGAAGCCAAUGGCACCUUUGCCCUCCGCCUUCUAAAGCUACUGUGCCAAGACCAGCCUUCUCAGAAUGUGUUUUUUUCUCCUUUGAGCAUCUCCUCUGCCCUGUCCAUGGUCUUCCUGGGGGCAAAGGGAAAAACUGCAGCCCAGAUGGCCCAGGCGCUUUGUUUCAACACAGAGAAAGACAUUCACCGGGGCUUCCAGUCGCUUCUCACUGAAGUGAACAGACCCGGCACCCAGUACUUGCUGAGAACAGCCAACCGGCUCUUUGGAGAAAAGUCUUGUGAAUUCCUCUCCGCCUUUCGGGAAUCCUGUCUCCAGUUCUACCUGGCGGAGCUGGAGCAGCUGCCCUUCGUCGAAGCUGCCGAGCAGUCCCGGGAGAGAAUCAACAACUGGGUCUCAGAAAAGACUGAAGGUAAAAUUCAAGACCUGUUGCAGAGUAACUCCAUCAGUGCCCAGACGAAGCUGGUUCUUGUCAACGCCAUUUACUUCAAAGGAAGGUGGAAUCAAGAGUUUGACAAAAAGAACACGAUGGAAAUGCCUUUUAAAAUAAAUGAGAAGGAGCAAAGGCCCGUGCAGAUGAUGUUUCAGGAGUCCAGCUUUAACCUCACCUACGUUGUGGAGGUGCGUGCCCAGGUGCUGGAGCUGCCCUACGCUGACCGGGAGCUGAGCUUGCUCAUUGUGCUGCCCGACGGCAUGGACCUGGACUCGGUGGAAAAAAAUCUCACUUUUGAGAAAUUCAUGACCUGGACCAAGCCACACCGUAUGACGCGUACCGACAUUGAAGUUUUCCUUCCAAAAUUUAAACUGGAAGAGGAUUACGACAUGGAAUCUGUGCUUCAGCAUCUGGGAGUAGUGGACGCCUUUCAGCAGAGCCAGGCCGACUUUUCGGCGAUAUCAACCGAGACAGACCUGUGUCUGUCCAAGUUUGUGCACAAGAGUUUUGUGGAGGUGAACGAGGAAGGCACGGAGGCCGCAGCUGCCUCAGCCAUGGUGGUGGUGGAAUGCUGCAUGGAGGAUGAGCCGCGGUUCUGCGCCGACCACCCCUUUCUUUUCUUCAUCAGGCACAACAAAGCCAACAGCAUUCUCUUCUGUGGCCGGUUUUGCUCUCCAUAGGGUUGCACCUCUGUGACCCCCCGCUGGGGUACAGGCCAGACGUGUGGGGGGUGGGGUGAGAGGAUCCACCAGAGACAGAGCGGGGAACAGGACAGGUGGUUGACUGAAAUACAUGCUGAGGGGAGCAGCAGGUGAGACAGGCCCUCUCCUUGCGUGGGCAGUGUAUUUCAAUCUGCCUGCUGCUCCCCACUCUACCUCUGGUGAAUCCUCUUACCCCUGCCACCCCCCCCCCACACUUCUGGCCUAAACCCCAGCUCUUGAAUGCAUGAAUAUAUAUUUAAAAAAACUAAAUAGUAAAUGCUGCUAUUUUCUAUUUACACUUUUCCCAGUGCUUAGGUUUUAGAGAAAAUUUUUUUCUAAUGUAAUUUUUUUUUCCUCUUUUUUGAUACCAAUCACCAAUACAUGCCAAACCCAGCAUAAAGCACUGGGGACACAGCGGGUCAUGAUCCUUCGUCUCCUGGUCUUUAAUACGGACGCCUGAACUAUGGUAAUUUCACGACAACCUUCAUGGUCUAGGUAGGAAAGGCGUCCUUAUAAGAAGAGACAUGUGCACAGAGAAAACCAGUUGAGGACACAGGAAGAAGGUGGCCACCUGCAUGCCAAGGAACAAGGUAUCAGGAGAAACCCUUCCUGCCAACACCUUGACUCGGACUCCAGGACUGCGAGACUGACAGCACUUUUCUGUUUAAGCCCCACGCCCCAGGUUACUUAUUUGUUGCAACAGCCUGUACAUAAAAUCACCCUCCUGUCCAUCCUUUGCCAUUUUUCCAGAACAGUCUUCACCCCUACGUGACCUGUUUGGAGUUCCCAGAGUAUGCAAGCUCUGUCUACCUCUGUUUCUUUGCACUUUCUACCAAGACGCCCCUUAUUCUCACUCCUCCCCAGGAUGCCACCCCACUUUGCUGGCUGACUAGCCUUCAUGAAUUCUUGUAAAUUAAAUACAACCCAUGUGCUUACUUUUACAAAGCAGAGCAUUUUAUGUAGGAAUUAAAAUGAGCCAUUCAGGGGGUCUUGUGGUGGCGCAAGGGGUUAAGCACAGCACUAUGAAGAUAUCCACAGCCUCUGCAGCACGAAUUUGAUCCCCGGUGUAGGAUAAGGAAAAAUGUCAGGCUUUUCUGCCCUCCCGCCAUCAGGAUAGAUGAUGGAUCCUUGCGGUCCUGAAUGCAUGCCUGAUGGCGGGCACCUGGAAUAGGGUGUGGGCAUAGGUAGAUGGGAUUCACCUGGGCUGAGACUGUGCUUUUUAAGAGCGGCGUCAUGGGGACGCCAGCAGAAGCCGAGAAAGAAGCAGAGAAACAGAAGUCGAGAGCAGCAGAAGCUGAGAGAAGGCUGGAGAGCCCAGAGUGAAGACCUGCUGGGGACUGGGAGGCCUGUCAGCCUCCCGGCCCCCCAGCGCCCCUGCCUGCCGUGUACCUGGUAAAUCCUAAUAAAAGACCUGCCAAAACCACUGAGGACUCUGACUCCUCCUUUACCCGGUCUGCUGGAUCAGAAAACCUGCACUGUGUUCAGUUCUGACAUUACACCCGGCCAGCCAGGGAGCUACCCACAUGGCACAGCAGACCUCUCCUAUCUCAUCUGCUGAUCCCCUCAGCAGUGUAUUUCAGUAGAUCCUUCUGUUCUGCUCCCUACUCUGUCUCUGGUGAAUCCUCUCACCCCAGCACCUCUGGCCCAUGCCCCAUUUCCUAUAUGUAUAAAUAAAUAAAUCUUUAAAAAAAAAAUGAGGGCCUCCCUGGUGGUGCAAGGUGUUAAGAUACAAUCUAUGAUGCUAUCUGCAGCCACUGCAGCACCAGUGGGAUACCUGGUGAGGGAGCUACCCACAUGGCACUGCAGACCUCUCCUGACUCACUCACUGUUACUCUCAACAGGGUAUUUCAGCAAAUCUGCCUGUUCUGUCCCCACUCAGUCUCUGGUAAAUCCUCUCACACAUACCCCCACACCUCUGGCCUGUACCCCCAGUUCUUG